CGCCGGCACCGCCCCCUCCGCGCUCUCGCGUGCCGCAGCCCGCGUCGUCUGCCGCCACCGCGCGCCUUCACUGACCUACACCACCGCCGCUGCCGCCGCCGCCGCCGGGCUCGCUGGCUGGCCCGGUGCGGGCGGCGGACUCCCGCCGGAGAGGAGUGCCAGCGCCGCCGCCGCCGCCGCUUCGGCCCGGGCCCGGGCCCCGACCCCGUCCCGGGCCCCAGCGCCGGCCGCCCGCCCGGUCGGGCGAUGAAGUGUCACUAUGAGGCGCUGGGGGUGCGGCGCGACGCCAGCGAGGAGGAGCUCAAGAAGGCCUAUCGGAAGCUGGCCCUGAAAUGGCACCCGGAUAAAAAUCUGGAUAAUGCCGCAGAAGCAGCUGAACAAUUUAAAUUAAUCCAAGCAGCAUAUGAUGUGUUGAGUGACCCUCAGGAAAGAGCAUGGUAUGAUAAUCAUAGAGAGGCCCUACUUAAAGGUGGGCUUGAUGGCGAAUAUCAAGAUGACAGCUUAGAUUUGCUACGCUAUUUCACCGUUACCUGUUAUUCUGGUUAUGGAGAUGAUGAAAAGGGAUUUUACACGGUGUAUCGUAAUGUUUUUGAAAUGAUUGCCAAGGAAGAACUAGAAUCUGUGUUAGAGGAAGAGGUUGAUGAUUUCCCAACUUUUGGAGACUCCCAGAGUGACUAUGAUACGGUAGUCCAUCCUUUCUACGCUUAUUGGCAGAGUUUCUGCACUCAAAAGAAUUUUGCAUGGAAGGAAGAAUAUGAUACACGACAAGCUUCAAACCGCUGGGAAAAACGAGCCAUGGAAAAAGAAAACAAAAAGAUUCGGGACAAAGCAAGGAAAGAGAAGAAUGAACUUGUCCGUCAGCUGGUAGCUUUCAUUCGUAAAAGAGAUAAAAGAGUGCAGGCGCAUCGAAAACUUGUGGAAGAACAGAAUGCAGAGAAGGCGAGGAAAGCCGAAGAGAUGAGGCGGCAGCAGAAGCUAAAGCAGGCCAAACUGGUGGAGCAGUACAGAGAACAGAGCUGGAUGACUAUGGCCAAUUUGGAGAAAGAGCUCCAGGAGAUGGAGGCACGGUAUGAGAAGGAGUUUGGAGAUGGAUCGGAUGAAAAUGAAAUGGAAGAACAUGAACUCAAAGAUGAGGAGGAUGGUAAAGACAGUGAUGAGGCCGAGGACGCUGAGCUCUAUGAUGACCUUUACUGCCCAGCAUGUGACAAAUCGUUCAAGACAGAAAAGGCCAUGAAGAAUCAUGAGAAGUCAAAGAAGCAUCGGGAAAUGGUGGCCUUGCUAAAACAACAGCUGGAGGAGGAAGAAGAAAAUUUUUCAAGACCUCAAAUUGAUGAAAAUCCAUUAGAUGACAAUUCUGAGGAAGAAAUGGAAGAUGCACCAAAACAAAAGCUUUCUAAAAAACAGAAGAAAAAGAAACAGAAACCAGCACAGGAUGUACCUGGCAAAGAUUCAUAUCUGCCUGCAGCUCACUUUCAGAUGGCUUGGGGAAAAAAGUGUGUGUUGGGAGAGAGAAGAGAUGGAGAGAGCGAGCACAAAUGUGCCAAAAUGUUGCUUGAAAACAGACAGAAUUAUGAUGACAAUUUCAAUGUAAAUGGAACUGGAGAAGGAGUAAAGGUUGAUCCAGAAGAUACUAACUUAAAUCAAGACAGUGCCAAAGAAUUGGAAGAUAGUCCCCAGGAAAAUGUCAGUGUCACAGAGAUCAUUAAACCAUGUGAUGAUCCAAAAAGUGAAGCUAAAAGUGUUCCUAAACCCAAAGGAAAGAAAACCAAAGAUACGAAAAAACCUGUCAGAGUACCUGCUGAACCACAAACAAUGAGUGUUCUUAUCAGCUGUACAACCUGCCAUAGUGAAUUUCCAUCUCGGAAUAAACUUUUUGACCAUCUAAAGGCCACAGGUCAUGCAAGAGCACCUUCAUCAUCGUCUUUAAACAGCGCAACAAGUAGUCAAAGCAAGAAAGAGAAACGUAAAAACAGAUAGAGAUUCUGCCUGUGCUUUUGUUUGACUGUCUCUAGAUUUUGAAACCAAAAAACUGAACUGAAAUCAUCUAAAGAGUUAAAAUUUCAGUGAUCUGCAAUUAAUUACAUUGUGGAAGAUUAUUUUUUAUCUUGUAAAAACAUUUUUUUGGUUUAAUAUAUAUUUUUAAAACAUUUCACUAGUGAUUGAAUUCUACUUUUGCCAUCUGAAUUGACUUGAAUGUCUUAAAACAGGUAAAUACUGUAAAGUGUGUAUUCUUGAUGUUUAUUGGCUCAUGUGGACAGAAAUGUACAGGGAGAAUUACAUUAUUUUAACACAUAGAAGUGCUCCUUUCUGCUUUAUUUUCUGAAUUUCACAUUAUUUUUACUUAAUGCUUUUGUAUUUUGUUAAUACUUCAUAAUAUGUGAAAAACUCGGAUCUUUUAAAAAGCAUCAUAGAUCGUUUUUCCAUAUGACACUGGUUCCGAUUUUAAAAAUUAUUUUUAAAUAACCGA